CUGGAAGUGCUCCAAGGUGGCGUUCAUCAAAUGGUCGAUCAUUAUUUAUGCUUCUCCUCCAUUUACAAUUCAAAAUGAUUAAAACAAGAGGGAAAAACGUAUCUUAAUUCCUCGUCUCGUGUAAGCAUAUAAAAAGCUCGUCCCCUUGAAAUUGAAUCGAAGCAAAGCAAGAAUGGGGAGGGGCCAAGCUAAGAGUGACUAUGAAAAUGUCAGAAAUGCUCGAAUAUUGGAAAAUCAGGCUCGGUUGACUUCGUUGGGACUGCACAAAACCAUCACCGAGCUCCGAUCCAUAGCUUCAUCUGCAAAACCACCCAAAACCCAUGUCAGAGAUUACCGCAAGAAAGUCUACGAGCUCACCUCUUUGCGCCGCUCUAAUCGCUUGAAGGAAAUAACUGCCACUGCCACUGCUACUGCCGCUGUCUCAAAGAACCCUUCAUUUCGACGUUCUGAGAGGUUAAGAGGCAAAUCCGGGAGUUUAACUGGCGGAGAAAGUGAAGAGAGGAGGCCUGCAAAUGCGCCUUUGGUGGAUGUAAGGAAAUCGGAGCUCCAGCUUUCUUCCGAGUCUGCGGCCCAGCGUUGCAAUAGCAAGGGCCGUGGCAGUGUCUAUCACCCGGUUUUCGGGAUUCAUUGCCAUUUAUGCAGGCAAAAGAAGUUGUGCGGUGAAGAAGAUUGCAAGCGAUGCGGUAAUCUUGAUAUGGACCAGCCAUGCAUUGGAAAAACGGAUUGUUCAGUUUGUCAUUCUAGCAGAGGUGUUCUUUGUCGAGGUUGUCUCAAGGUUAGGUACGGUGAAGAAUUGGAGGAAGUGAGAGAAAACAGGAAAUGGAUGUGCCCACAUUGCAUAGAAGAGAAAGGAAUAAACCCUUACUGGAUAUGUAACAGGUCCGGAGAUGGGAUACAAAUCAGUGGCACAUCUGCUGAUGGAUGAGCUUAAACUAGCAGACAAGAUGCCCCGAGUCGAUGAAGCAAGAGCACUUUAGUUGUUUUUGAUCUGAGUGUUUUGAGCCUAGGUGGAAUUUUGUAUGACUCAUGUUUUAGGAACACACCUUUGACCUGCUGUGGCAUUGACUGUAUUAUUAGUUCCUAACUCUUGAAAAGAUCCUACUAUGAUUCAGUACUUCAUUUCAUAUGCUGGAAAUCAACUAAAUGAUUUUAUGUAAAUAAGUUGUUUGGAUAAUCCCAUGUCCCAAUUAUUCAUGCACUCAA